AUGGCAGAUUCCAGCUCGCGAGACUGGCCGCCCGGGCUGUCCGACCUCCGACUCGCCUGCGAGGAGUGCCACAAGCGCAAAAUCCGUUGCGAGGCCCCUCAAGAAAGGGGACCGCAGGGCGCUUGCCAGGCAUGCCGGGCGAACCACCGGACCUGCCUCUUCUCGCUGAAGAACAAGACCGGCCGCCCGCGGAAACCCAAGCCGACUCACCUCUACCGGGACCCCAAGACACUCUCCCCGCACACUCUCGAGCCCCGGGCCGGGAUCGGAAUGUCGGCAGCUACGAUCACGGGUCCGCAUCCUUCCGGGCCGAGACACGAUUGGGCUUCAAGAACAAGACAGCAUGUUUCUGGCCAUCAGUCAUCGGCAGCCGGGCAUUACGAAACUCCAAAGAUCCCCCCCUACCAUGUUGGCUCCCCACCAGCCGGGGAAACGUCUCUCGGGCAGCUGUCGUGGCUCUCUGGCAUUGGGACGGGGCGAAGCGACUUUGGCCCUCUCCUUGACAGUCCUUGCGGCGGCGACAUCCAGGCCUCCACGAGCCCUGGAUUUCUUCAGCUUGGGGAUGAUUUCGUUCUGGAGAUGCCAGGGGUUAUGACGUCGCACCCGAAUCCCCCAGACCCGUCUGGCAACGAGCGCCCUGGUUCGGAGUCGGAGCGGCUGGGACGACCAUACACCAUAGCCCCGGGGACAACACCGUCGACGGAAGAAUCGAGUGACAGAGGAGACUGCGGAGACUUUUGGCGGACCGGCCCGGCUCGGGACGGGGCCGGGGUCCUCGGGGACAAUGGAGACUCGACGAUGAGUGAAGACUUCUUUGACACGAUGAGGCUCUGCGGCGAGAUGAAUAACGGGUUCCAGAGCAGGGUUCUGGACGUCACGGCCCCGGCAGACAAGCAGGAGCUGUCCAUAGUUCUCGCCAACAUUGAAGAGCUGGGGCACAAGACAGUGGCGGCGAUGCGAGACGCCGCGGGCCCGCCUGGGCCGCCCAGCCGACAAGAGCAGUACAAACGGAUGUUGACGCGUGUGGCCGUCCUAGGCGCGGUUGACAUCGCCGCCGACCUGGUCAAGCACAAUUUAUCCAUCCAUAACAUCAGACACUCGGGAGGGUGUGAGGCGGAGAACGACGGCAGUCCUGACUUCUCAACGACGGAUCUCCCUCGGGAGGGUAAAGACCAUGACGGGGAUGGCAGUGCUUGCAUCAAUGCGUCGGCCGAGCCUCUCGAGAGCGUUCUGUCGCUGGUUCGGCUGGACUACGCUCUGCUCCAGUUCUUCCGCUUCCUUUCGGCAAACCAGUGCGAGGGGGAUGGAUGCCACGACCCGUCGAGGAUGGCCCCAAGGUCAGGACACAGUUGCUCCGGGGGUGGGAGAACCUCACCGCUGGCGAGGACGGCGCAGACACGCGCCCAGCUGUGGGCCCUGGUGAAGGGAAUUCGGAAACUAGUCCUGGAUAGGAAAGAAUGCAACGUCACACCAAGUUCAGCUCUGAGGUCAAAGAUGGGCUCGCCGUACGUCCCGCACGGGACGACCACCAGGUUGACCCCCGCCGACGAGGCCGCUUCAUCGAAGGCAGCCUACAGGAACAUGGAGCAGCAGGCAUUCCACGAGUGGCCCAAUGAAGCCGGUUUUGAUGGCCUGACCGAGCACCGCGGCCCCAUCGAGCUCAAGGUCAGCGGCAAUAUCCCAGCAUGGGCGGCCGGUUCGCUCUACCGUACCGGCCCCGGCCAGUGCAAGGUCGAAGACACCAAGUCGGGCAUGUUUUACACCUCCCACUGGUUCGAUGGGCUCGCCCACACCCACCGUUUCGACAUCGUGGCUGAAGACGGCAGCGGUGGUGCCGCAGGCGAGCCGACGGUCCGCGUGUAUUACUCGUCUCGCCGUCAGUCCGACAAGGUUGCGGCCGACAUCAAGGCCACGGGCACGUUACGCUCCAUAUCGUUUGCACAACGAACCGAUCCUUGCGUUGGCCUAUUCGGCAAGUUCAUGAGCGUCUUCAACAGGCGGCCGACUCUAUACAACGUUGGCGUGACUGUGAACGUGGACCUACCCUUGUUCAAGCGCCCGGCCCAGCCUGCUGUCGACGCCCAAGGCCACCGAGCUGCCAGUAUCGUCAUCGGAACGGAUGCGGGGGUAAUGUGCGAGAUGGACCCCAAGACCAUGGACCCCGUCGACUUCCCGAAGCACUCCAAGUUCCACCCGGACCUCAAGGGCCCGCUCGGCGGCGCCCACGGGAAGUUCGACCAGGAGACGGGCGACUACAUCAACUACAACCUGGAGCUCGGCAAGCAGCCCGUAUACCGCGUCUUUCAGGUCAGCGCCGCCACGGGGAAGACUGAUAUCCUAGCCACCAUUCCGUACAAGGCGGCCUUCAUCCACAGCUUCUUCAUGACGCGCAACUACGUCGUCCUGUUGGUGCCGGUGGCGCACUACCAGUGGAAGGGCGGGAAGAUCGUGUGGGAGGGCAACCUACACGACUCGCUCAAGCCCUUCGACCCGGCCGAGACGUGCCGCUGGUUCGUCGUCGACCGGCGCCACGGCAAGGGCGUCGUGGCCGAGUUCGCGUCGCCGGCCCGCUUCUUCUUCCACACCGUCAACGCCUUCGAGGAUGACGACGGGGACGUCUUUUGCGAAGUGACCGACUACCCGAACCGGUACAUCGUCGACUGCUACUACUACGACGUGAUCCUCGACCGCAACGGCAAGGCCACCGAGUUUUGGACCGACGGCCAGCUGGCGCACAAGUCGUUCUCGCGCCUCGCGCGGUACCGCCUUCGCAAGAAGGAUUUUAUCGCGAGUAGCGGCGGCGGCGGCGGCGGUGGUGGCAGCAAGGACGUCAAGCUGCCCACGCCCGAGAUCGUCAUGGAGGUGCCGGCACCGCACGCCGGCGACAUGCCCGUCAUCAACCCGCGCUACCGCGGCCGGAAGCACCGGUACGGCUACUUCCUCGUCAGCCGCGUCCUCAGCACCCUCUUCGACGGCAUCGCCAAGAUCGACACCGAGACCCGCGAGCUGCUCCGGUGGGAGGGACCGCGCGGCCACACGCCCGGCGAGGCCAUCUUUGUCCCGCGCCCGGCGACAGCCGCCGCCACCGCCGACGACGGCGACGGGGUGGUUCCGGACGAGGACGACGGCGUCCUGCUCAGCGUCGUGCUCGACGGCGCCAACAGGACCAGUUACCUGCUGUGCCUGGACGCCAGGACCAUGACGGAGCUGGGGCGCGCCGAGUGCGAGUUUGCCGUGGCCAUUGGCCUUCACGGUCGCCAUGUUGCGGCGGCGUCGUGA